AUGCUAAAAUCAAUUUUUGACUUUGGUCAAACGACAUCUACAUUCUGGCGUUCAUGUGACAAGGGCUUGCUUGAUGUAAAUAUAUAUCUCUUAUAGUAAGUCAUAAAAUGAGUUACUAGAGCAUGAAUUCUUUGUUGGCUCUAAGGACAGGUUGAUUAAAAAAAAGUUUCUUGUUAUGAGUCAGGACUCAAUUUUUCAAGUUUCUUUAGCAAAUCUGAAGAGAGCACCAUUACUGACAAUGCAUGUUUAAUUCAUUGAAGCCUCAUUUGACAACUUCGUUUAACUUAACUCUGAUGAAUAAUUACUUGGAUUUCACCUUUCUUAUUAAGGAAAGAGUCUAGAAAUAUUCACUUCUGACAAAGAGAAUUAUGAGAUUUGGAAGUCUCAUUUCAAGAGAUUUGCCAUCUUGACCAACUUUCAUGAAGCCUAUUCAGUUUACAAAAUAAUUGGGAAGGGCAACUUUGCCAAAGUAUAUUAGGCAACCAAAAAGGAAAAUAACACCUAGUAUGCAGUAAAAGCAUUCAGCAAAGAAUAUAUGUUAUAAUAAUCUAAAGGUGUAGAGAGUCUCCUAAAUGAAAUAAAAUUAAUGAGGAGACUAAACCAUCCGAGCAUAGUGAAAUUAUAUGAAGUACAUGAAACCACCAAUUCAGUCUAUUUUAUACUAGAUAUGAUAUAAGGGGGAGAACUAUUAUCAAAAGUGAGAGAGAUAGGUAAAGUAUAUAAUAUAAAUUUUUAGGCUUUUUACCAGCAGAAACGAUGUAAAAGCUUGCUUUCAAUUUGAUCAGUGCCAUAAAUCAUAUGCAUGACAAUCGUAUAAUUCAUAGAGAUUUGAAACCAGAAAAUCUGUUGUUAAAAUCUACAGAAAAUAACCAUGAAAUCAUUUUAGCAGAUUUUGGAUUGGCUACAUGUUUGGAUGAUAAACCUUUAUUUAAAAGAUGUGGUACUCCUGGGUUUGUUGCUCCUGAAAUCUUAGAUUAUAACGAUGGCUAAGAAUUCUAUACUGAUAAAUGUGAUGUGUUUAGUGCUGGUAUCAUCUUAUAUUUUUUAAUUGUACUUAAUUUAAUUUUAUUUUAGACUGGAAAUACACCAUUUUUUGGAAAUGAUCAAAAAGCUAUUCUUAAGAAUAAUAGAUUAUGUGAAAUAAAUUUUAAAGAACAUCAUUUCAAAUUGGCUCCUAUCUAAAUGCAGGAUCUAAUACAAUCUAUGCUCUUAAAAAGAGUGUCUUAUAGAUUAAGUUCACAAGAAGUAUUAAAAAAAUAUAUCAUAGUGUAUGAGACAUCCUUAUUUCAAAUAAUUAAUUAAAGAACACAAAGUAUAAAAUGACAAGAAUCAAAACCAUUUUCUUGGAUAUCAAGACUUUAAAAAUGCUAUUAAAAUUGGUACUCAAGAACUAGAACAGCGAUCACCUGUAAACUUCAAUUCUUCAGAUUCUAUCUCUUCAAAUAUUUCUUAAAAUAAACAGGAAUAAAGAAAAUCCUCACUUGUAGGUGCUUCUAAAUUUAGUUAAUUUACUGCUAAACUGUCUAAAUAGAAUUCAGGAGAGAUUAAUGGUAAAUUUCCUAUUUGAAUUUAAGAUAUCCCACAAAAAUAAGAACAGAAAAAAACACAGGACCUACAUAGGUUGGCUUUGACAAAUAGUUAAUUAAAGUAGAUAGCCCAUAACCUUUUCGAAAAUGUUGAAGAUCCAACUACUGAAGAGAGCAAUGUCGGGCUCAUGGUCCGACAAUACAAUUCAACUAGAUAAAUCAGAGUACCCGAUUACACACUAAAAAUUAAGGAAUGUACAACUCCUACAGUAUUAAAAUUGUUUUGA